CAUGCUUUGAUCACUACAGGCUGUCAGAGGGUUGUAAGUAUGAAACAGCUGGAGAUCAUUUAAAGACCAUUUGGAAAUCAUUUUGAGACCAUUUAGACCAGUGGUUUCCAAACUAUGGACCUCUAGUUGUUGCAAAACUACAACUCCCAGCAUGCCCAUACAUUAAUUAUCAUAGACACUGAACACUAUUCACCGAACAUAGGUACAGGAGGGGCCCAGGGGUAACUGAAUGGAGUCUGCCUGACAGGGCAGCAAGAGUACAGGGGUGCAACUCUUGUACUGGGCCACCACAAAUGCUUAUUGUAUAGAGGAAAAGUAGGGAAUCCCCUUUAAACCAGCAAGAAGUGUAUAAAUAAAUCUGCCAACCCCCUAACUGACUGCCAACAAAAAUGUCAGCCCCAUCAGAAGCAAAGAAAAGCUCCAUCUGCAUCACCAACAGCCACAACAGCUCCAGCCACAUCAACCAAAAAAGCACCAGCCCCAUUGCCAACAACCACUAUAGGUCCAGCCCCAUAACAGCAAAAAAAAGCAACAGCCCCAAUGCCAAUAGCUGCAACAUCUCCCACUCCAUCGCCAACAGCCAAAAGGGUUCCAACCCUAUUGCCAAUAGUCGAAACAGCUCCAUCCCCAUCACCCACAGCUAAAAAAAAUGCCAAUUCCAUCGCUAACAGCCACACUAUCACCAGCCCGAUAACCAACAGUCAAAAAAGCGCCAACCCGAUCACUGACAGCCGCAAUAGCUCCAGCACCCUUAUCAACAGCCGCAACAGCUCAAGCACCCUUACCAACAGCCGCAACAGCUCAAGCACCCUUACCGACAGCUGCAACAGCUCAAGUACCCUUACCGACAGCUGCAACAGCUCAAGCACCCUUACCGACAGCUGCAACAGCUCAAGUACCCUUACCGACAGCCGCAACAGCUCCAGCACCCUUAUCGACAACUGCAACAGUUCCAGCACCCUUACCGACAGCCGCAACAGCUCCAGCACCCUUAUCGACAACUGCAACAGUUCCAGCACCCUUACCGACAGCCGCAACAGUUCCAGCACCCUUACCAACAGCCCCAACAGCUACAGUCACAUGACAGACAAGCUUUCUACCAUAAAUGCAAUGGCGCUGGAGCUUGUCAUCUGCUGUUAUAGCCCACCUAUAGUGUUGCAUGACCACAACUCCCAGCAUGACCGGAAAGUAGUUUUAAUUAUGCAACAGUUGAAGAACCACAGUUUGGAGACCACUGUGUUACUGAAUAGGAAACCCAACCUACCUAUGGUGGACGAUUGACACACGAUUUUCUGUUCAUACUUUCUAAUGGAACGACAUAGUAAAAGAAAUAAAACCUAAGAUAACACUUUGGACCAUAUAUGUAUAUUAACUUACUCAUCACAACAAACCACGCUUUAUGGUUAGAGCCAAAACACCUAUAGAUUCAGAAAAUGAGCUGAAGGGGAGAUGUAUAUCUAUUAUUUAUCCUGAUCCCAUAGAGAUAGCAGCAGUAUACAGA